UCAUCUCUACCCAAAUCCCACCCCCAAAUCUCCAAAUCCCCCCCAUCCUCUUCUUCGAGUUCGAGCGAGCGGGCGACCAUGUCUGGGCGCGGCAAGGGCGGCAAGGGUCUGGGCAAGGGCGGCGCGAAGCGUCACCGCAAGGUCCUCCGCGACAAUAUCCAGGGCAUCACGAAGCCGGCGAUCCGGAGGCUGGCGAGGAGGGGCGGCGUGAAGCGCAUCUCCGGGCUCAUCUACGAGGAGACCCGCGGCGUGCUCAAGAUCUUCCUCGAGAACGUCAUCCGCGACGCCGUCACCUACACGGAGCACGCCCGCCGCAAGACCGUCACCGCCAUGGACGUCGUCUACGCGCUCAAGCGCCAGGGCCGCACCCUCUACGGAUUCGGCGGCUGAGGGGCGCCGCCGCCGCCGCCCGGUGGCCGUGGCGGAAGUCUUGGGUCGCGGUCAAGAAAUCGGUGGAGGAGGCGAGGGUGUUCUGGUCCAUGUUCAGUUUCAUAGGCUUAUCAGUAGUGCUAAUUAUUGUUCCGUGUUCAGAGCCGUGGUCAAAGUAGUAGUAUGUGGAGUUGUACUGCAAAGUUCAUCUGCAUUUCCCUGUCUGUUCUGAAUUUCUAAUAUAUGAAUCCGGUGCCUUGCCGUGUUUAUGAUG